AACACUAAUAAAUCAGUUGUUUUAUUAAAAUGAAAGAACAAACUGAAGAAAGAAAUUUUUACAAAUUCUUCAAAAUUUUGGAUGACAUUUUUGUAAUUUUAAGGAAGGUUUCUUAAUUAUUUUAACUAAUUGUUUAAAUUUCUGAAACUCUGAUGACGAUUUAUGGGAGGCUGAAUGUCAAGAUGCUGUAUUUCAUUUAAUUUAUAGGUUUUGAAAAAUUACUUGCUAGAGAUUAGCGUCUUACACAUUUGCUUCUUAUUCCUUGAUGCUUAAGAUUUAUGGGCAGCAUAGCUUGAAGGAAUUCUUUUUCAUUAUCUUAUUGCAAUUACAUCUAAUUUUUCCAUUGAAGAAAAGAAGAAGGGGGAAAAAAAAUGGAGAAUGUGAGAGCUGAAAUUAAAAAACAACAACAACGAAACUACAACAAAAAAAUAAUAAGGAUCAUUCUAAUAUAUGCUUAUCCAUAUCGAUUCAAUAUUACAUUCCAUUUAUAGGGCUCUCUUUUUAUUUCAUUUUUCUGCGAUAGACUUCAAGUGCCACUCUAUCCAAUUAUAUUAUUGGUGAAUAUUGUCAUAUAAAGUGGAAAUUUCUGAUUAAUUUGCCAACUGGAAAUAAAUAGUAGUUGAUUCAGAAUGUUAGAUUCUUCUUCAACAUAGAAAAUCAUCUCGUGUGUGUACAUACAGAUAGUCUGUUCUAAUCGUGAUUCAGUGACUAACAUUCUAGAUGUUCAGAGAUAAGCACCUACUUUCAGGUGGAAAAAUGCUUUAAAUGUCAUAAGGAAUCAUAUGUAUUGAGUCAAUAAAUGUACCGCUAAAAAAUUAUGAAAUCUAAAUUUUUAUACCUAUAUUUAAAUAAAAUAUUUUAAUGUUAAAAAGAUGUUCCAUUCUUUUACGACCAAACUGACCAAAGAAUAUUUUCAAAGACCGACUUUCAGCAUUUCACGUUGGCCAGCUGACCUAGAAAAAUCAGAACAAAUUGUAAUGACUCCUACCAAGCGGAGUCAAAAUCAUACCACAGUUAUGAUGGAGAGAUUAAAAGUAUCGGAACUGGACCAGAAUAAUGUUAUUCAUAGUGGGGGAGGGGAUCAUAAAGGCAUUGUUAUAUUUAAAGAGCCAAGGGCAGGUAAAAGUACUACUAAACCUCCAGAAUUGGUUUUGGGAUUUAAAGUAAUGUUGAGAAGUUCCUCUAGUAACAGACAUGAACAGGAAAAUUGGCAGUUAAAAUUUUGGUUUAAAAAUGUUCAAGAUCAGGAAAAAAUUGAGAAUGCAGAAUCUUUUUUAACAGAACUUAUUUCUUGUGGAGAUCGCCCAAGAGAUUCUGUUGCAUUUAUAAAGAAAAUUCUGAAACUUAUGCAAUUAAAUUAUCCUGUAAUACAAAAAGUUGAAGUCGAAAUGAAGAAACAGGAAGAAAUCAAGAUUACACCACCCUCUCCAGCAACAUCUGUUGAAGCAAAAAUCACUAGUUCUAAACUAACAGCUGAUCAAGAAAAAGUAUUAGACAUCAUUGAAGCUGUGUAUCCUAAUUCUAUGUCAGUUGCAAAUAUUGCAAAAUCUUCCAAUGUAACUGAAGAAGCAACUCAAGAGCAUCUCAUGGCAUUACAAUCAAGAGGACUAGUUAAAUGUUUGAGUAAUGGAAAUUAUAUGAGAACCACAAAGAAUGAUACUGAAAAUAAUUAUCCUGCACUGCUGAGAAAUAUUCGAGAACAGUUGAGAGAUAUAUCUCAGUAUGCAAAUGAAGAUGUGAAAAUGGUAAAGCAAAUGCCCAUGGUUGCUCAAUCCAAACAACCUGUAAUUGCCAUUAUUACAGCUCAGUAUUCUGAAAAAUUAGCUGUGGAUGCAAUGAUUGACAAUAAAGAAACCUUUGUGAAAUUUAAAACUGAAGGAGAAUCAAAUGUAUAUACCUUGGGUAAUAUAGGUCCUCACAGAGUUGUUUCAACAAAACUUCCUGCUACAGGUAUGGCCAGAGGUGCCAUGAUUGCUGCUGGAAGUACAACAACACGUCUUCUAGGAUCUUUUCCAAGAGUGGAUUAUGUUUUUCUUGUUGGAGUUGGUGGGGGUGUUCCUCAUUGCUAUGAUUACACCAAGCAUGUCAGGCUAGGUGAUGUUGUCAUUUCUACUCCACCAGAUAAUCAACAUUCAUAUGUAUAUCUGUACUGUGAGGCUCUCAAGAAUGCUUUUGAUUCUGAAGAAAAUGAUUUCUUAUCCCCAGAACAUAUUUCCAUCAAGACAUGGUGCCCCACUAGUUUGAAAUUGCAAAACAUUGCUUGCAAUUUGUGGCGUAAAGGAAUACUAGACAUGAGUGAUAGACCCUGGGAAAACUUUAUUGAGGAAGGUCUUCGACAAUUGAAUGAUAAGGAAGCCGCUUUUUGUCGUCCUCCACCUGAUACAGAUAAAAUUUACUGUAUGUCAGUGGAAGGUGGUGAUUUAGUAGAUGUUGGUCAUCCUCAGCCGAUGGAGGGUGCAUUUGAUCCCCGUAAACCUGGAAUGCCUGUUCUUCACUUUGGAGCUGUUGGAUCUGGCAAGAUUCUUAUGCAAGAUGAUACAAAACGACUGGCUUUUGCCGAUCAUCAUGGCAUCAUGUCAUUUGACACAGGUUUUGGAUCUGUUGUAGAAUCCAUAUUUGGUAACCGGAAGGAUGAUUAUGUGUUCAUUCGAGGAAUUUCAGAUUAUAAAGAUGGAACAAAAAAGAAAGAUUGGCAACCAUAUGCUGCCUUAGCAGCAGCUAGUGUUAUGAAAUCCAUUAUUUGCAAUUUAGAUGUGUGAUCUUUUA